AUAUUUGUUAAUAGUGAUAUUUUAAAAUACAUAAUAUUAAGCACAUUUUUAGCAAAAUCUAAGAAUUUUCCCAAGAAAAAUUACUUGAUGUGGCAACACUGCAACUGUUUUUUCAGAGCAAGUAACUUUAGAACGUCAUUUGACAGAACUAGACUGGAAACACUCCCGCCCAAGUAUAACCUAACUUUUUUAAAUUAAAAUUUCAAAACAAUCAUUUGCAAUAAAAUUAUGACCUACUAGUUCAAUAUUCCUCGACAUGAAUUCGAAAACCAUGACCUUUUUUGCAAAGCAACUAUUGAAAGGAAACAAUGUCAACAAACAAUCCCUAAGAAAUAUAGGACUUAUCCCCAUAGUGGUGGAGCAAACUGGACGCGGAGAACGUUCCUAUGAUAUUUACUCAAGACUUCUUAAGGAGAGAAUCAUUUGUUUAAUGGGGCCAAUCCAUGAUAACUUAAGCUCACUUAUUGUGGCUCAACUGUUAUUCCUUCAGUCAGAAAACACAAGUAAACCUAUUCACAUGUACAUUAAUUCUCCUGGCGGAAGUGUUACUGCUGGAUUAGGUAUUUAUGAUACAAUGCAGUACUGCUCUCCACCUAUAGCCACCUGGUGUGUUGGCCAGGCUUGUAGUAUGGCCUCCUUACUCCUUGCAGCUGGUACUCAUGGCAUGAGGUAUUCCCUUCCAAAUGCCAGAAUUAUGAUUCAUCAACCGUCUGGUGGUGCCCAAGGACAAGCAACUGAUAUCCAAAUCCAAGCGGAGGAAAUUAUUAAGCUGAAGAAGCAAAUAAAUCUGCUCUAUGUAAAACACACUGGUCUGGAUUUGCCGAAAAUAGAACAAAACAUGGAGAGGGACAAAUUUAUGAGCCCUGUAGAAGCUAAAGAGUUUGGGCUUAUUGACACUGUAUUGACCAGACCGCCGCAGAACCAGGAGGUGGAGAAUGGAGCUAGUGUUGAAGAGAAACAGAAGAAUGUUCAACAGUCAGUUUAAUGUCUUGAUGAAGUUUUAAGUUUUUAAGUUAUUACUAGUUGAUUUGCUGAAGUUUCCAUGAUAAUUAAAUAACUAAUUUUUUA